GAAUGCACAACAAAAAAGAAAUACUACUACCACAAAAUCAACUACUAUUGAACAUGAACAACUUCUUAAUGCUCAACGUUCUUUGAGACCAUUAUCACCACAUUUCACUAUUUAUCAACCACAAUUAACAUGGUACAUGUCUUUAACUCAUAGAGUAACCGGUGCUGGUUUAGGAAUUGGUACGCAAAUUGAAAGAGAAUAA